AUGAGCAACACUGAGAUAAUCAGUUCUACAAAUCUUAUAAUUCUGCUAGAGGAUGAAAUCUUUGCAGAUUUUUUCAACACGUUUCUUUCUCUCCCGGUCUUUGGUCAAAUGCCAUUUUACACUGUUGAAAAUUCGCAGUGGAGCUUGUGGCCAGAAAUACCAUAUGACUUGACUGCCAAGUACAAAGGAUUAUUGACCUGGUUGGAAAAAUACAGGCUACCUUUCUUCUGUAAAACCAAUUUGUGUUUCCAGUACAUUCUCUGUCAGGAGCUCAUCAGCUUCAUUAAGUCCCCAGAAGGAGGUGAAGAGCUGGUGGAUUUCUGGAUCCUUGCCGAGAAGAUCUUGAGCAUCGAUGAGAUGGACCUGGAACUGAGAGACCACUACCUGUCCCUCCUCCUCAUGCUGAAGGCCACUCAUCUGCAGGAGGGCUCCAAGGUGGUGACUCUAUGCAACAUGAACAUCAAGUCCCUCCUAAACCUCUCCAUCUGGCAUCCAACGCAGUCAACCACCAGGAGAGAGAUACUGAGCCACAUGCAGAAAGUGGCUCUGUUCAAACUCCAGAGCUACUGUCUCCCCAACUUUUACACCCAUGCCAAAAUGAACAUGGCCAAGGAGGAAGAGUGCCAGGGUCUGAUGCAAGAAUAUGAGACUCGUCUUUGCAGUGUUUGCUACACCCACGUGGGAGGGCUUCCUCUGAACAUGAGCAUCAAGAAGUGCCACUACCCCCCAAAGCAUUACUCAAGCAGGAAGAGCAAGAGGAAGAUGUGGCAGUUGAUAGACCAUGGCUCCUGGUCUCUGGAAAUGGAGCUGCCGUCCAUUCCCCCUGAACAAGACACCAUCGCUAUGCCUCGACAAGAGACGCGUCCUUGGGAGAAGGUGGUUAUGCAAAUGCCUUCCCGGCGUGUGGCCCAUUCAAAGGAGAAAAUGAUUAGUUCCUUGGAAGAGAAUGUUUGUACCAAGAGGUCCUGCACAAAUAAGAAAGCCAAGAGUCACUUCCACAUGGAGGGCCUCUUUGAGAUGAAGUUCUUGACCCACCUGAGGACAGUUACCCCCAUUAUCAAUCACUUCUCCCAGAUAAAACUGAAGAAGGCUAUCAAGCAAAGCCUCUCCGUGGGGUACACCCACUGGGCCUUAUGUGCUGACGCCUAUGCAGGGAGUCCCUUCCGGGACCACCUGAAGAAACAGAAUUUGAAAGUGGAGACCCAACUCCUAGACCUCUGGCAGGACUUGCACCAUUUCCUCAAUGUCCUGAUGACUAACAGGAAGAGUGGGAAUGCUGUCUUUCAGCACAUGCUGGGCCACAGAAUCUGCGAGCUCUACCUAAAUGAGCAAAUUGGUCCAUGUGUACCACUGAAAUCCCAAACCAUUCAAGGCCUGAAGAAGCUGCUGCCUUUGGGAGAUGUGAACCCCUGGAUUCCCAGAGCCCAGAAAGAGAUCUGCAAGAUGCUCAGUCCCUGGUAUGAUGAAUUCCUGGAAGAAGAGGAUUACUGGUUUCUCAUUUUUACAACUCAGAACAGGUUCCACAAUGUCAAGGGGCAUAAAAAAGGAGACACUAUGAGCAAAGAAGAGAACAUCCUUCUUUGUAAGAGGGUUCAGCAAUCUCUGGAGUUAAGCCAGGGUUUGGCUAACAUGGAGGAAAUGGAUUCUCUUCAGUGGCAAAAGAUAGUUACUGAGAACCUGAGACAAGGCGGGUCUCUCCAGGUAGAACUGACAUCUCCAGUGUUUCUGACAGAUGUAACAAAAAUGUCCUUUGAGGAACUUUGCUGUAAGAAUCCAAAGAUGGCCAUACAGAAGAUGAGUGACGAGUACAAACUAUAUUGUGAGAAGACACCUGGAAUAGAUUUUACAGUGGAAAUUGUCAAGGAGCCAAGGAUUGUAUCAACCACACACAGGAAAUUGUCCUUUAAAAGGACAAAUGUAAGGAAACCCUCAAUGAGACCCAGAAACUUGACAGAAGUCCUCCUAAAUACACACCACUUGGACUACUUCAAGGAGUUCCUCAAAGAACGGAAGGCUGACAUCCCACUGCAAUUCCUGGUAGCCAUACAGAAGAUAAGUGUUGAGACUAAUGAAAAGCUUUACAAGUCUCUCCUUGAAAAUGUAAUGAAGACUUUCUUCCACGGCAAAGUCUCUGCUGAAGAAAUGCUGCAGUGCAAUGCCCCUAUUAUCAAAGAAAUUGCUCACAUGCGUCAAAUCAGCACAACCACGUUGUUAACGAUCCAGGGCUACGUCAUGAAGUCUCUAGAAGAGAAGUGGUUUAAAGAUUACCAAGAUUUGUUCCCAUUGCGUCCUCCAGAGGUUGAAGUUGAAGAACAAAUUUCCCCUAGGAAACCCUCAAAGACAGCAACAACUUACCUACAGGAGUCACAGAAGAGGGGCUGGCUGAAAAUGAUCAGCUUUAUCAAGAGCUUUUGCAAGUACCGCAGAUGUGUAUUGGAUCCCAUUAAGCGCCAGGAAUUUGAAGCCUAUCUUCACAUGGAACUGUACAAUAACAAGGAAAAUUUCUCUGCGCCGGUAAAUGCACCAGGACGCCCAGGCACAGUGCUCUCCAACGUCCGGAGCACAGACCACGAAAAUGGAGAAGCAACACUUACAAAGCGCCGUAUAUUUGGCCACAAGAUUAUCACCAUCAACUUUUUGGUCAACGAUAUAUAUUUCUUUUCUGAAAUGGAAAAAUUUAACGAUCUGGUGAGUUCAUCUCAAGCGCUGCAGGCCAACCGGGCAUGCAACGAGAAUGAUGUGAUCCUAAUGAGAUCCAAAAUUAACAUCAUCCUAAAGCUCUAUCUGCAAUCUGAGGUCCCUCCGAAACUCAGGGUGAAUAUCUCUGAGUCCCAGAAGGAAGCCAUCCUUGCUGCCAUUUUGGAGGGACACCUAGAUCGGACCAUCUUCCACGGGGCUGUCAUGUCUCUCUUCCCCAUCAUUAUGCACUUCUGGAAAAGGUUUUGUUCUUGGAAGGAAAUCAGAUCUUACUUACAGUCCAGGGGGAAGAAGCUCAAGGAUAAAAAAUUUCCUCCUAAACCUGUGUUCAAGUACCCUCCUUGGAGUGGAGGAGAACACGCUGUCCUGAGGUUCAGCGUGCUCAGAGGUAUUGAGUGGUUUCGCCCUCAGCAGCGGGAAGUGGCAGCAAGUCCAGCAGCCCAAAACUCUUCAUCUAGCAACCUUUCCCAGCUGCGACAUGAGCCAUCCAUCGUGCAGCUGUAUCCUCUCCCAGGACUAAAAUUACCCCACAUCAAAAAGGAGAAGAAGUAA